AUGAAGAAGUUCUUUGGCAACUGGAAUCCAAGGCGUUCUUCCUCUGGCCCCUCCACCAGCCAGAGGGAGUCCUUCCUGGGCCCUGAUGGGCAGUGCUGGGAUGCUAUUGUCCUCCACUCCUUCAAAAAGCUCAAAAGCUACAAAGCUUUUGGAAAGAUCCACAAGGCUGCGAGCCGGGGUGCUGUUGCCACGAUUCUGAGCAGACUCAUGCUUGGAAAAAAUGGGGUCAAUGACCGAGACAGGAAUGGCAGAACGAUGUUACACUAUGCCUGUGCACAUGGCCAUCCUGUGGUAGCUUCCCUCCUAAUACGGUGGAAUUGUGACAUUGAUCUCCGUGACAGUGACAACUGCACAGCACUAAUUAAGGCUACACAGUAUGGGCAAGAAGGAUGUGCACUCAUUUUACUAGAUCAUGGUGCUGAUCCAAAUGCCAAGGACAACCAUGGGAACACGGCUUUGAACUAUGCUGUUUGGCAAAACAAAACUUCAAUGGUAAACAUACUGCUGGAACACCAUGCUGACAUCUGUAUAAGGAGCGAGGAUAAUUUUACACCAUAUACUCUGGCUCUAUUAAGAAACAAUGAAAGCCUGGCAAAGUUUUUAGUAGACAAGAGAGACCAGAUACUGAAAGCUGAUGAACUGAAGAGACUGAAACUUGGCAACCUGAAGAUAAAAGUACAACCAGAACCCCCAACAGAAGAUUCAGAACAGCCUCAGGUGAUGUUGGAUGGUACAAGUUUGAAAAUGAAAAUCACAGUUGCAAUUCGUGUAUCAGAAAACCUGAAUCCUAAUUUGGCAAACACAUCAGCAAAUAAGAGUCAAACUGAGGUGCCUGAAAACCUGAUGAACAGUGUGGUUCAUGAAGCAGAAAAACCGAAUCAGCGUGCUGCAGCCCUAGGUCUACAAAAACAGGAUGGACAAACUGAAGAGCAACCUGUUCCUGUUGAGGAGAAUCAACAAGAUGAUGGGUAA